AUGGCUGGAAAAGUUCCUAUAUUCCUUUUCUUUAUCACUUCAAUUUUCUUCUUUGCUACCCUUUAUCACCUUUACCUUCGUGAUUCUAUCUCCGACGUCUCCUCCGUCGUUGAAGAAAAUUAUCUCCGACUUACUGAUCCCCCACCUCCACCGAAAAUCACCACCAUUACUAUCUCCUCCCCACCCCCGAAAAUCACCAUCACUACUAUCUCCUCAAAAAAAACUGAUAACCUCGCAAUCCAUGAAAAUAUCUCUUCACCUAUAACUCCUUUUCAAAUUCCACCGUUACCAGGUCCGAUUUCAUCUGUAUCCAUUCUAAUGCCUGAUUGGGAAGUAUUCGUUAUUGUCUCUCCCGAUUAUACCCCUCUAAUUUCUCAUCACGAUUCUUAUAUUUGUGUACACGAAACAGGAGAAAUUUCGCCGGCGAUCCCUGCCGGCGAGCUCCUGUAUCCGGUUCGGUCUUUGUUCAAAUGCGAGUUUCCGAGGAGAACUCGCCGGAGAUUGCCGUUUAAACAACCCAUAUUGAUGAAAUCGUCUGAAAAUAAGAAUGUUACGCCGCCGUCAACGAUGACAGAGUUGUUGCGGUGGACGUUUCUCGUUUACGAUUCGCUAACGACAGAUGACGACAUUGUUUUGUUUGUUAAAGGGUUGAAUAAUCGCCAAGGAAUUAACAGAGAACCCAAUGAAUUUAGCUGUAUUUUCGGUUACGGGGGAAAUAAGGUAAUUAGAACCAAUGUGACAAGUUCAAUACAAGAAGUUUUUCGAUGUAACCGGCCUGAUCCAACUGUUUUUGAAGGAGAGGGAAUAUCAAUCUCUCUUGAAAUUGUACUUCCUGUUCCGGUGGUUGUACCUUCUGUGGCAUAUUACAACCCGCCACGAAAAUUGGAAAGUAACGAGAAGUUAGAGAGAGCUCGUCUUUGUGCAUGUACCAUGGUGUAUAAUGUUGGUAAAUUCUUAAAAGAAUGGAUAUUGUAUCAUUCAAAAAUUGGUGUCGAAAAAUUCCUAUUAUACGACAAUGCUAGUGAUGAUGAUUUAUACAGAAUUGUCGAUGAGCUUGUUCAGGAUGGUUAUGAUGUGAAAACUUAUUUUUGGGUAUGGCCUAAAACUCAAGAAGCUGGUUUUUCGCAUAGUACAAUUUAUGCUAAGGAUUCAUGUUCAUGGAUAAUGUACAUUGAUGUGGAUGAAUUUGUGUACUCACCCUUAUGGUCUAACUUAUCGCUUCCAUCGGAAUCUCUAUUGCAUUCUCUGUUACCAAAUCCUAAGAAUAUACAAGAUCCAUUACUUGACAAGAGACAAGUUGCAGAAAUUAGUAUCCCCUGUUAUGAAUUUGGACCAUCGAAUAUGACAGUUCAUCCUAUAACAGGAGUGACACAAGGAUAUAACUGCAGAAGAAAAUUCGAGAACAGACAUAAGUCUAUUGUAUUAUUGGAUGCUGUUGAUCACUCUUUGCUCAAUAUGAUUCAUCAUUUCAUAUUGAAACAAGGGUAUAAGGGAAAGAAAGUGAGUGUUCAUGAUAUGACAGUGAAUCAUUAUAAGUUCCAAGCUUGGCCUGAAUUUAAGGCUAAAUUUAGGAGAAGGGUAUCGGCUUAUGUUGUCGAUUGGACGAAAGAAUUGAAUCCACGUUCAAAGGAUCGAACCCCGGGGCUAGGAUUUAGUCCUGUUGAGCCUAAAGGUUGGCCAUUGAAGUUUUGCGAGGUUUAUGAUAAUGGUUUGAAAGAUUUGACACGGAGAUGGUUUGAACUAAAGUCGUCUCCAACUCCGUUACAUUACCGUAUGGCAUGGCAAAGAUGA